AACCGCGCAGUCACCAGAACCUCAAUUCCAAUCCCUCCCCAAGCUCUCGGAUUGUUCGCCAGUGUUCUGAUCUCCUCCUCUUUUCCUUUUCCUUUUUCUCCUUUCCCUUUUCUCUCUCUAUUCUCCUAUCUGUAUUCAUAUUCUCCAUAACCUGUUUAAUAAAUUCACCCACACCUUCCCGCCAAAUUCAACCACCUCACUAUCCAACAUGUCGAACAUCUGGGACUCCAUCACCGGUCGCAAACAAUCCAAGGGCUCCGAGGCCACCGCAUCAGCACCAGAUGCUACCAGCUUCCUAGCCGAUCUUCCCGACCCCUCUCAGCUCCAUCCCCUCGCCGGCCUGAACCAAGAUACCCUCGACUACAUCACCCUCGAAGACUCCGCGCUCGACCAAACACCCGGAUCGCGCUCUGUGCUGCCCUCCCGUGGAUGGUCCGAUGAUCUCUGCUAUGGAACAGGAACGACUUACCUUGCUGGUUUGACUCUCGGUGGUGCCUGGGGUCUGGCGGAGGGACUGAAGAAGACGCCCGUCACCGCUCCGCCGAAGAUCCGCCUCAACGGUGCUCUCAACUCCAUUACGAGACGAGGACCUUUCCUCGGUAACUCGGCUGGUGUGGUCGCGAUGGUCUACAACGGGUUUAACUCCGGUCUGGGCUACGCGAGGGGUAAGCACGAUGCUGCUAACAGCAUUGUGGCGGGUGCGUUGAGUGGAAUGGUCUUCAAGAGCACGAGGGGUCUUAAGCCUAUGGUGAUUUCGGGUGGUAUCGUUGCUGGCAUUGCUGGUGGUUGGACUCAAGGCUAUCCUGUAAACGCCAACAGCCGCCCAUUCUCUCAUAACUGUAUUUUAGCCCUCGACUCGAUACCUCGACCCGAGUCAAUCCACCUGAUCCGUCCACGCGUUUCGGAAUCCCCAUAUGAUUGUAUGGUAUAUGGCCUCUUCACCAAAGACGGAGUGAAGGAACAUCAGCCCUGCCUAAUGUCCCCCACUCCGUUUUGUUUUGUUUUCUCGCUGUAUUAG